GGGUGCAUGUCGGAACAGGACAGCGCGCGUGAUUGUGCAGGAGCUAAAAUAACUAAACUUGAGGAUGAAAGUGUGAGCGCAGAGUGGAAGUGAGAGAGUGAGAGUGAAAAAGAGUGAGAGCUGCAGUGACCGUGUGGAAUGACACUUUAAACAGCCGGUGAAUAAGUGAGAAAGGAGUGAAGCGGUGAGGUGACUCGGCUGUUCCGCUGCUCGUGCUGCAGAGCUGCUUAGGUGUGCGCGUGUGCGCAGGCAUGUUGGAAUGGCGUGCACCAGGAGAACCAAAACUUUGGUAUCGACAUGUGUCAUAUUGAGCGGCAUGACCAACAUCGUGUGCUUGCUUUAUGUCGGGUGGGUCACUAAUUACAUCGCUAACGUCUACAUCAAAGUACCGCUGCCCGUCCCGGUGAAGAAGUUGGAGGGGGAUAAGAAGGGGGAAACUCUGCGGAUUAUAGAGAGACUGGACCGGCUGGAGAAUGUGGUCAACCAGCAUAUACAAGAUUCCCCUCUAAGAGAAGACAGCAAUCAGGAAGACCUAUCAUUCACAGAUGCUUCUCUCUUCAGACACUGGGGUCAGGAUCUAAACUCGGAGAGUCGUAGAGUGGCCCUGAAGAUGUUCCAGUAUUAUGGCUACAACGGCUACCUCAGCGACCGUCUGCCCAUGGACCGACCCAUCCCAGACUACAGACCUGAAGGGUGUAAGAACAUAUCCUACCCAACAAACCUUCCUCAGGUCAGCAUCGUGUUUAUCUUUGUGAACGAAGCUCUCUCAGUCAUCCUGCGCUCCAUCCACUCAGCCAUGAACAAAACUCCCGGCCACAUACUGAAGGAGAUCAUACUGGUGGAUGAUAACAGCAGCAAUGAGGAGUUGAAGGAGAAGUUGCAGGAGUUCGUGGAUGAGAUGAACGCACAGCGUCCAGGCUUCAUCAAGAUUGUGCGGCACCAAAAGCAGGAGGGUCUGAUCCGGUCCCGUGUGAGUGGCUGGAGGGCAGCGACUGCUCCAGUGGUGGCACUGUUUGAUUCCCACAUCGAGUUCAAUACUGGCUGGGCCGAGCCAAUUCUCCUGAGGAUCAAGGAGGACAGGACCCGAAUCAUCUCGCCCUCCUUUGACAACAUUAAAUACGACACCUUCGAGAUAGAGGAGUACCCGCUCUCUGCUCAAGGCUUCGACUGGCAGCUGUGGUGUCGCUACCUAAACCCCCCCAAGUCUUGGUGGAAUCUCAACAACACCACAGCUCCAAUCAGGAGUCCUGCUCUGAUUGGCUGCUUUGUGGUGGACAGAGUGUACUUUGAAGAGAUCGGGCUGCUGGAUGAAGGCAUGGAAAUCUACGGCGGGGAAAAUGUGGAGUUGGGCGUCAGGGUGUGGCAGUGUGGUGGUAGCGUGGAGGUUCUGCCCUGCGCCCGCGUCGCCCACAUUGAACGUGCUCACAAACCCUACACCGAGGACCUGACCGCACUGAUGCGCCGGAAUGCCCUCAGGGUGGCCGAGGUGUGGAUGGACGAGUUCAAGAGCCACGUCUACAUGGCCUGGAACAUUCCACAAGAGGAUUCAGGAAUAGACAUCGGCGAUAUCACAGAGAGAAAAGCCCUGAGGAAAAGGCUUCAGUGUAAGACGUUCCGCUGGUAUCUGGUGAACAUCUACUCGGAGAUGAGAAUGUACACGGAUACUAUCGCUUAUGGAGUGUUAAGAAACUCUUUGAAGACUGAUGUGUGUUUGGAUCAGGGCCCAGAUACGGACAACGUCCCCAUUCUGUACCUCUGCCAUGGGAUGUCCCCUCAGAGCAUCUACUACAGCAGCACUCAGCAGAUUCAAGUAGGCGUGCUGAGCCCCACCGUUGACGACGAUGACAACAAGUGCCUGGUGGAUGUGAACGGCCGGCCGAGGCUGAUCGAGUGCGGCUACGCCACGUCCAAACGCAUGAAGCUUCACUGGCUAUUAAGUCAGAAUGGCUCUAUACAGAACAGGAAGUCAAAGAGAUGCCUCGAACUGGUGGAGAGCACCGAGAGCGAAUUCGGGUAUGAUCUGACUCUUCAAAAAUGCACUGGACAGAAAUGGACAAUCACCAAUACACUGCCUGGCAGCACCUUAUAAUAGGAUCUUGGACUUGAAUCGAGUACACUGGACGUCUCAGAGAAGCGUGGCGGAUUUUAAGAAACGAACCAGACAUCGGAUGACAAUGUUAAACAUUGUCCGGUGGCUUCUGAACUGUGCGUCACGGGGUUCCGUGUAAGGUAGUUUCACAUCUCUGUAGACUUGAAGGUUUUCAGGGCUCAGUGCGACGUUUGGUUUUCGCAUUCGGCCCGUAUUUGCUACCGUGUAGCAAGCUUUUGCAAUGUUACUUGCUGUACUUUUCUCUCUAGUGUCUCAGGUUUGUAAGACGAAAUAUUUUUGAAUCGAGUUGUACAUUUUAAGGACAUGCCAAUAUGCUCAAAUGUAUCUGGAUACAAUCGACUAUUUUAUAUUUACAUGUACAUGAGCUCGUUAUUUCUAAUAUAUGGCAUUAAA